AAGAUAUCAGAAAGCAGUGUGUUUACAUUUAUGCGUAAAUAAUGAGCCAUGAGAAAUCUUUUUUCAAAGUGGUUGCUGCGGUCGAUCCAAAAUAACAACGUGUUGAUUAUUCAGGGCAGUGUUUGGCCAUGUUUACAUGUAAUAAAUUAGAUUUUUUCGUCGAUAUGUGACAAUAGCUGAAACAUUGAUCCUUCACUUUACUUACCCGAUCAUCAUUUGAGUGGACUGCAGCCGGUGAACCACGUCCGAAGUGUCCGAAGGCACAACAGUCAGCUGGGAAGGUUAUGACUUCAAUAUUUUGAGAUGCGCAUUUAAUAUUGUUCAUUGACUAUCUCCAAAAGGGAGAAACAAUCAAUAGCGAAUACUACAUAGAGUUGUUGGAUCGUUUGAAUGCAAAAAUCAAGGCAAAACGACCUCAUAUGCCGAAUAAAAAACCACUGUUUCACCAAGUCGAUGGCAAUGAUGAUUAAAUUGAAUGAAUUACAUUUCGAAUUGCUUUCUCAUCCACCGUUUAGUCCAGAUAUGGCUCUCAGUGACUACUGACUAUUCGCUGAUGUCAAAAAAAUGCUGGCUGGUAAGAAUUUCAGCUCAAAUGAAGAGGAAAUUGCUGAAACUGGAGCCUAUUUUGAAGCAAAAGACAAAUCCUUCUACAAGCACGGAUCUCGAGAAGUUACAGAACAGUUAGAAUGAGUGUAUUGCUUUUGAAGGAGAUUAAAUUGAUUAUUAAAAUUGAUUCUUUGCAAAAAAUGUGUUUUUCUUACGACUUAUUGAGUGAUUAUCAUUAUUGCUUCAACGGGUGAAUAUUUGCACUGUUUGGUAGACAUUUCAAUAGACACUAUCGAUUUUUAUAAAACACUAUAUUUCAUGGCUCGAAAUGAACUGACAAAGACGUUAGGACCAUACCUAAUCCGAGCCAGUUAACAGUUUUUUAUCCUCUUCGAUAAAAAUGCAAAUGAUAAAAAUUAUACAUAAUAAUAUUUGAAUUCUACUUCUAGACUAACACCUUUAUAUGCCAUAGUUAUAUUUUAUUAUGCAUCUAUGUUUAAAUAUUCCGGAAGUGGUCCAAUGUGGAAAACCAUAAUCCAUCCGGAAGUAGAAGAUUGUCGACAAAAUUGGUGGACAAAUAUUUUAUACAUCAGCAAUUAUAUCAACGUAGACAAAAUGUGUAUGGUACAUUCGUGGUAUCUCCCUUGCGACUUUCACUAUUUCAUGAUUGCAGUGGUAUUAUGCAUUAUAAUAUACAAAAACAAAAAAGUCGGUCUAUCAUUCUUAGCUCUGGUCACUUUGGUGGCUAUAAUUGUUCCAUUUAUCAUUGUAUGGCAAUACCAAACAUCAGCUGUGAUAUAUUUCUACCCGAACUUCUUGAGACAACCAAAGAAACAAGACGACUUUAUCAUAACAUAUUCCAAAUCGCACACAAGGGCUUCGCCGUAUUUCAUCGGAAUGGUAGCUGGUUAUUUAUACUACAGAAUGAGAGGAUCGGAAAAAUGCCUCAAAAAAGUUUAUUCCCAUAUAAUAUUACUCACAUCUAUAUCCAUUAUGAUGACUUCAUUAUUAACCGGUAUAGUUUUCUACGACGCAGAAUACGAAUACGAUGCAGUUGAAUCGGCAUUAUAUGCAUCUUUACACAGAGUAGCAUGGUCUCUAGGAUCAAUAGGUGUAUUAUACGUGGCUAGCUACGGACACGCUAAAUUGAUUUACAAUUUCCUUUCGUGGAAACCAUGGAUACCUCUCAGUAAAUUGGUAUACGGUGCUUACCUCACUCAUAUGCAAUUUCAAAUGAGAGCAGUUGCUAGGAAAGGCGGAGCUGAUUUCAUAAGUUAUUUCGAUGUGAUAAGCUACGCCUUGUCAGAUAUGGUCCUAGCGUUUUCGUCUGCUUUUGUAUUAUAUUUAGCUGUAGAAGCACCUUUUAGGAAUCUAUUUAGUUUACUUUUGAUGCACCCUUCGAAAGAUUCUAAAUCGAAGCCGAAGCCUGUGGAAGAUCAAGAAAGCGUAAGCGAAGUAACUUGUGAUAGUCAUUUAUAAAGUAGCUCAAGUAUAUUUAGAUGAAUGUAGUAUUAAUUUUCGAUGUAAAAGGUCUCUAUUUUUUUACUAGAUCGAUAAGUGAUUCAUGAAAUAACCAUAAAGGCUGAAUGUUUAACAUAAAUCACCGGUUAUUCUAUUCCAGUGACGAGCUAAAAAAUAUUCAACUAUUUUAUUUUUGCAACUUUGGAAUUUUUGGAACUUUUUAAAGAUUACGAAGUGUAAAUAUGAAAUAUGUGUAUUUAUCGUUGGUUAGGUUAGGUUAGGUUAGGCUUUUUUCAUAGGUAAUUCAUGGGAGUUUUUCUCUCUUUCACUUUUCAAACAGACUAUAACUCUUCUACCUUAAGAUAAAACUUAUUAUUUUUGAUUGUAUUUUUUUUAAAAAUCAAUAAGUUUUAUGGAUGCAACUUCAUAGACUUCAUACUUAGGCAGUCUGUAAAAUUGAAACAUUAACUGUGAGAAAAGAAAAAAAAUUACUAGUCCUAAUCAAACUUUCUUUCAAUAGAAUGUAAUGUAGUAGAAUGUUUCAUGUAAUAUUAAUAAUAUUUUGUAUUGUUUCAUUAUAUCAUAAAAUGCUCACUUGUUAAGUACACGCCGCCAAUUUUUUAGCGUUGUUCUACUCAUUAAAUUUACGUUACUUUGUGUUAUUUUUGUGAAUAAAUAUUUAUACAGUU